CUUGCAAUUCUACGAGUGUACGAGAACUUAUUCUAUGAGUCGCCUUUAAGAGUGGUCUUAAAUAAAAAUAAAAUAUUUCUUAUGACUCAUUAUUAUGACUUCUACACCUGUGUGUAUAGCGAUUUAGCCUGUACUUAUGCUAUCUUGCUUUAUCGAUAUCGGCAGUAUAGCGAUAUUAUCAUUGCAUAUUUAUACUUAGCCCCUCAACAAUCCAACUGAGUAAACUAAAUAGUCGAAAUCAGCCGUAUUAUGUACUAAGUUUGGUGAAUCUUUUUAAAAACUUCAUACAUCAUUCACAUUUGCACAAAGCAUGGGGCUCCUUUUUUCUUGUUGUUGGGGUCCACCGCAUUGUGGUCCACCUCAUUAUGGUCCACCGCACUACGGGCCUCCCCACCACGGCCCACCACACCAUGGCCCACACCAUCAAGGCCCACCUCACCACAGACCGGGACCUCAUGGGCCUGGAAGAUGGUGAUCGUAUCAGAAAAACAAUGAAUUUAUGUUUUUGUUAAAAAUAUUUUAUUUUUAAGUUAAAAGAAUACCUAUGUAAUUAUUUUACGGAAUUUUAGUAUACUUUUUUUUAUCUUGUCAAAUCAAUAAAUUAAAAUUAUUAUAAUUGGAGUACCCGCGGCCUCUUCGGAAAGUUUAUAAUAUAAGCAAAAAUUUCUGAACGGAUUUUCAUCAAACUACUAAACUACUUACUGCAAAGUAAUAUCAUAUAGACAUUGGAAUAAAAUAAUAAUAAAAAGUUUGAAGUCGCGUGCAACAGCUAGUAUUUAUUUGUAACAAGACCGCGGGCUGAAUUAGAGACAUUAGGUAAUUUGGUUACGAUUGGCAAAACUUUCAUCACAUUAUUACUUACCAAAAUAAAAAAACUACUAUAUACAUAUGUAAUUCGUUACUGUAAUAUGAUUAUUGUUACAAUACCAUCAUUAUAUGCUUAUCAGCAAUAGACCUCUGACAUAGUGUUUUUAAUAAUUUGUUUUACAGGAUGAUCAAUAUUCAGUUCGAUUAUUUUUUUAUAUUGAUUGUAACCGUCGUAUCAAAAGAGAACAACUCGUUACUCACUAUGGUCCACACUUAAAUGUAAAAAACCCCGCGUGCAUCUUUUCAAAUUACUCAUACAAUAUAAUAAACGUAAACCAAGUUAUUUUUGGGACAAAUAACACAGAUUGAGCCAGUCCCAAAGUUAGUUCGAGACUAGCAUAAUCGUUAACUAGCAUUCCAUAACACAUAUGGAAAUCUAGUUAACGAUACUAUGAACUUCACUACAUAUAAUAUUAUAAAGAAAUUAUUGUAACACGUGAAAAAUACAGGUUUUUUGGUUGGUUUUUAAAAGCCUUCUUAAUUUGUUAGUUAAUUUUAGUCAAAUGGCUAAUUGGCUCUUUAAAUUUUUCUGCUCACAUCUCUUUAUCCUCCGGUACAUUAGGGAUUUCCAAGAUAUUUGAAAGAUUGCAAUUCGAAGGAAUUCGGUAUAAAAUUAAUUCUGAUUUCGUUGGUGAAUAUUUUAGUUGGCGUAUUUAAAUCACCCUUAUAUAUUUUCUAGCCAAAAGCCUGAUGAAGCAACGUCAAACCAAAUCAUAUCAAUUAUGCAUGUAAUAGGGAAACAAAUAAUAGAAGCACCAUAUAUUUUCGGUAAUUACCCGCAAUGUAACCCAUAAAUUUUGUAUGUACAUAUAAUUCAGCGAAACGUAGAACAUCCUGCUGCAAGCAAUGCUUACUCUGCUUAACUUCGAUAUACUCCCACUGUUCGUAGAUCGCAACGCACGUAAUCAUGUUGCAAAAACUAUUCAUCAUUUCUUUUGGUAAGAAAAUUUUGUUUUCUGCCUCACCCUUUUAUUUUUGCAUGUUCAGGGCUGUGACCGGGAGCCAUAUUUGCUGUCUUCUUUUUCCGUUUUCAAGUGAAAAUACUCCUAAAUUAUUCAGAAUUUUAAGAAAAGCUUUAUAAAUUAAUUAUAUUCUUAGAAAUAUUUGUUUAUAUUUUUGUUACUAAUACGUCAAGCUUCCGUUUUAUUUAGAUUUUUUCAUCACCACCCAACCCUGGCAUUUAUCUUUGCUCCCCGUCCCACUUGUGACCAUGAUAUAGACAAGAAAUACACCGUGUGAUUACCGAAAAAAGGAUUUUCUCAGAGAAAACAUAAAUUUAAAGAUUACAAAUAAAAAUUAUGUUUUCAGGUGUAUCCAUGGUAUUGUGUCGUCAUGUUCAAUUUUUUUGAAAAGAUUAUACUUAUUUUGUGGAAUUUGACGCUUUUUACAAAUUACACGCAGAAAGUAAUUUGGAUUGGUAUACUGCAUUUUUUAAGUGUACAAAUGAAGGUUCACAGCUUUUCUAUCCAAAGGCUCCUGAAGAAUGGCGAAUCGUUAACACUUUAAUAGAAGCACAAGAUUCUUUGAGUUUCAACUUUACUUCUAUUUAUGUAGGUAUUCGAAACGAAGGGAUUGAGGACUUCAUAACUGUUGAUGGUAACACGACUCCAUUUCCAUUAUCAAACUAUGAAUAUCCUUUAUUCAAGUUUUGCACUACCAUGAAUAUUCAGACAGGAUUAUUAUCCGCCGAUAAUUGUAGGAGUCUCGCCCUAAACCAAGACAGUGAGGAUGUACCGUUCGUUUGUAAAAAGGUUGAAGACAUAUCAUGCCCUACUGUUGAUCGUGAAUAUAAAUAUGUGAAGGAAAAUAAAAAAUGCUACAAAGUCAACAAAAUUAAACAAACUUGGCAAGAAGCUCUAAAUACUUGUGUGAUGGAAGGCGGCCUUUUGGCCAGUAUUGAAAAUGAAAUGGAAGCUGAUAUUUUAAAGAAGAUGAUCUCGACAGAUGAGAUGUAUCAUGCCGGGUUUCGGAUGAUUCCUCCGAGUACCGAGUACUACACUUUAAAAGGGAAACAUAUUAAAGAUACGUAUUCAAACUUUUACGAUAGAAAUGAAAAUUUUAUAUACGGUUCUAUUUACAACUCUAGAGACAAUUUGUAUUUAAGAACACAGGGACACGAUGAAAAAUAUCAGUUUGUAUGCGAAAUGGAAGUUUGAUUUGAAACCUGAGAUUGCAUUUAAAUAAAACUUAUGUGGUUUUUGUAAUACCAGUGCUCAUCAGCCAGAAUGACUUGUUUUAUCCGUUGAAAAUAAACUUUUUAAUAUGUAAAUUAUAUAGUUUUAUUGUAUUACAUGCAUACAUAUGAUCCCUGACGUAGUAGACAGAGCCAACAGUCUUCUGAAAAUGACAUUUGCAGAAGAGUAGUUACGGCUUAAUGAUGGAACUGAAAUUCAAAAAGUGAUAGGUUGCUAGCCCAACGCCUUAAAGAAGAAUCUCAAGUUUAUUUGCUUUUUCUUUGAUGGACUUUUACAAUCUGCUCGAGAAGAGAAGCAGCUGGUGCACACUGCUGAUCGCUGCCAGACUCGAUUGAUUGUCGAUGUAGCGGCUACACUCGGCAUUACUGUGACAGGCGCGAUCCCACCUUGCCGAGUGUAGAGUCAAUUGUUAUAAUAAGUUUAUUGUUUUAAUGUAUUUUAAUAAAAAUUUAAUGUAUUUAAUAAUGUUAUGUCAUAUUAUAUGGGUCUUGUAACAUGUAAUAAAUAAGUGAAAAAAUUUACUGUCUGUAAUUGUAUCAUUAAGCCAAAUAGCUGAACGUGGACAUUCAGUCUUUUCAAGACUGUUGGCUCUGUCUACCCCGCAAGGGAUAUAGACGUGACCAAAUGUAUGUAUGUAUGUAAAUUUACUGUCCUGCAUGGAAGCUAUUAUUGUAUAAAAUUAAUUACUACAUAACCUGAAUAAACUUGUGACUUAAUGUCUGAGCUUUAAAGUAUGCUGAGGGGGCAAUUGGAAAAACACUUUGAUGACUCAACAGUCUAAUUACUCCCGGUGACACCCUCACCUCUUUGUGGAGGAGCCGUUUUUGGUUCCUGGAUUGGGUAAAUCAGGGUUUUACAUGAAGCGACUCACGUUUGAAUUCCGCAACCUUUACAGGGGAACCUGACCCAUAGGAUCAUGGUAAAACCUACAUUAAAUGAUGUGCCUUAGUUGCCUUUUACGAUAUCCAUGGAGAAAAAGAGUGAAAUUAUUCUAUUAAAGCGCCUUAAUGAAGCUUAAUCAGUGUCAUGGGUAUUUAAAAUAUUUAAAAAAAUCAGAAAUUCCAUAUAUGUUGAAAUCUUUACUUUUUUGUUUUCGACGGGGUAAUAAUUUUACGGACUCCCACUCAGGUCAUCACCAAUCAUCAUCACACCCGGGAGAGUCGGGGACUGCUGGAAACUAGUCUGUCAGCCUACCCACUUAAAUCCCUUUUUGCAUGUAUGGUUGAGUACAGUUAAGAUUUAAACAGAUAUUGUUGAAACCUUGGGAAACAGUCAGUAACCUAUAUAAAAGGAAACAUAUAUACAUGAAACGAAGUGAAUGUUUUACCGCAGUUACUAUGGAUUAUAACGAUUAUUAUGUGAUUUCCAUGAAUUUAAUGUUCUAAAGCGUCAUGCACACACAUUAAGAGAAAGUAACGUUUAGCUGGAAGCUUAAAAGCAGCGAUAAAAUAAUUUUUGAGAGUUUGAGACAAUAUAAGGAAACUAAAUAAUAUAAUUUUGUUCUUUGCUAUAUCGUCACUUUUGGUCGAUUUAUUGUCCCAACCACUAAAUAAACAUUUAAUUUUCUUACAAAGAUAUGCCAUUAAAUCAUUCCUAUGUAUGAUUAAGCAUUGGGCGUAGGUAAGUACUAAUAGAUAUCGAUAAUGUUAUCAAUCGCGAUAUGAUGCAUGACUUUAUCAACAAAUCUUAUCUGGAAUUCGCCUAGUGUCGGAACAUAUAGCUAAGUAUGAACUUAUGUAAAUACUUUAAUACUCAGUUGUUUCCACUUACUUUUGGAGUAACCACCUCAUUAAACUGAGUCCACAAUGGGUGCUUGUUGCAGCUGUUGUGACGACGCUCCCGGGGGCGGAGUCAACGUGGUGGACCAUGCUCCUGGGGGAGGAGGCUACCCUGAACCCGUGAUGGUGGUGGACCAGCCAAUGGGAGGGGACAACGUCGGAAGAUGAUGUUCACACAAUUGAUGAUAUAAUUGUUAAUAUUAAAUUAUUUGUUAAAUUUU